GUAAUGAAUAUUUAAAACAAUAUUCAAUGCAUGUGUGGGUAAAGGAGUAAUGCAUUUAUCGCUAUAAUAAUCGGUAGUUUGAAUGAUAAGUUUGAGUGCUUUGCCAUUUGUAUUGAUGGCUCAAACACGAUGAGUACCCGUACGAGUCCACCCGUCGCCCCCAUCGCCACCACCUCUGCCCCCAAUAAUGGCUUAUUAAGACUCAACUCAUUGACUGCUAACACAAACACCACUAAUAAUAACAACAAUGAAAACAAUAAUGAAUUUGUAAGGGAUGUCCAAAAGGCCGGUUGGCUCCGAUACCUGCCAUUCGCCGAAAGGCCGUCCACUUCGGCGGGCGUUGAAGAGCACCGGUUUUGGGUGGUGUUUGCCGUACACAACGAGUGCCGGCCAUACCUUGAGUUUUACCAGAAACGACAAAUUACUGGCACUCAUAUCAACGCACAUCCAAACGAGACACAGUGUCCGCCGGUGUCCACACAUUCGCUGCAUCGCUGCCAACACAUCGCACCCGCCAUUACGUGCGGCGACAAACCCUUUAACGAGUUC